GGUUCUGAUCUGGGUGGUUUCGAUCAUCCGACCGGUGUGUUUUUAUCAGUUAGAUUUGAUCGGCCGAACGGCGGCGGGGUUUUCUUAAUCCAAUUGCACUGAGUUUUAAUUGUAGCUGCACUUCGACUACUGUUGCAACUGAGUGGGGUCAAGUGUGCAACUGCAAUUUUUUAUUUUGGUUUUUCCAUUCUUUUGGUUUUGAUACAUUUUUUCACCGGCUGCACUUGAACCAAUUGCAGUAUUAUUUUUUUUGCAAUUCUACCUACCCAAGGUGCAAUUGCAAGGAUUUAAGAUUCUGUUUUUAGGAACCUUCUUUAUGAUCUCUUCUUUAUGUGUAUACAAGCCGAGGCCGUGUAUAAUACAUAUAGACACAAAGCCCAGGCCAGUACCCAGCCCCAGUAUAUAAUAGGAACAAACGUUCUAAAUUUCUGGAGGGAAAACACAAAAGUCUUGGUUUUAUUUCUGUCCAUUAGAUGUAUGAUGUGGGGCUUAGAAAAAUGUGACUGGUUUAUGUUCCAAAACCAGGCGCCUGGUUUGAAAACCAAAACCAGGCGCCUGCUUUGUAAACCAAAACCAGACCCCUAGGGAUAGACAGACCCUAACUUUAAUGCGUCAACUGAAAAAAUGCGUCAACUGGGAUUUAGAUCUUUUGUUAAAAAUCGGACGAUUUGAAUAUAACCACACCCAAUAUUCGAUUUCUAAAGAUUCAACACAAAAUAACGUUACUACGUAUAGCAAUUUCCUAAGUACGAAUUUCAGUAUUCAUCGGGCCUUGGUCCAGAGGGCUAUCUCACUAGGUCCAGAACCAGAAGAUCACGAUCCGACGGUCAGAUUUCAUUUCAUUUUGCGUGGAAAAGACAACAGAAAUCAGCUUCCUCCAUUUCUUUCUUCCCCUGCAAGCUGAAGCAACAAGACGACAAAACCCGGCACCCCCGAAAGAAGAUAAAAUAAAUCAAAACCUCCCCAAAACCCCAACCCGGCGGGAGGCCAGGAGAGAGAUGGCGACGCCGGCGGCGAAACAGCGGGGCCUGCGGGUGGUGGUGGUCGGCGACCCCGGCACCGGCAAGUCCAGCCUCAUCGUCGCUCUUGCCGCCAACCAGUACCCCGUGACCCCUCCCCGCGUCGUGCCCCCCACCCGCCUCCCCGUCGACCUCUUCCCGGAACGCAUCCCCAUCACCGUCGUCGACACCUCCUCCAGCGAGGGGCGCACGGCGGAGCUGAUUACCGAAUGCCAGGCGGCGGAUGCGGUGGUGCUGACGUAUGCCUGCGACAGUCCCGAGACUCUGGACAGGCUCAGCUCGUUCUGGCUGCCCAAGCUCCGGAGCUGCCAGGUAAAGGUGCCGGUGAUCGUGGCAGGGUGCAAGCUGGACCUCAAGGACGAACAGCAGGGUGACCUUGCACAGGCUGUGGAGCCCAUCAUGCAGAGCUUCGGCGAGAUUGAGACCUGCAUUGAGUGCUCCGCACUGCGCCAGAUCCAGGUGGGGGAGGUCUUCUUUUAUGCCCAGAAGGCAGUGAUUUACCCAACAGCUCCUCUCUUUGAUCAAAACAUAGAAGCUCUAACGUCCCGUUGUAUCAGUGCUUUGAAACGGAUAUUCAUUUUAAGCGACCAUGAUAUGGAUGGAGCUCUCAGUGAUGCGGAGCUCAAUGAAUUUCAGAUCAGAUGUUUUGACACUCCUCUCCAGCCUGCUGAAAUAGUAGGUGUGAAGAAAGCUGUUAAAGAAAAGAUGCCUGAAGGUGUAAAUGUUAAUGGGCUUACCUUAACUGGUUUCCUCUACCUUCAUGCUCUUUUUAUGGAAAAGGGUCAAGUCCAAACUACCUGGACAGUAUUGAGGAACUUUAAUUAUGAUAAUGACUUGAAGGUUAGGGCGGAUCCAAUUCCAAAGAUAGCUCCUGACCAGACUCUAGAAUUGACAAAUGAAGCAGUUGAUUUCUUGAGAGGAAUAUUCAAAAUGUUUGACAUGGAUAAUGAUGGAGCUUUGCUUCCUGCUGAGCUGGAGGGUCUUUUCUCAACUGCACCCGAAAACCCAUGGUCUUCAAAUCCUUACAAAGACUGUGCUGAAAAUAAUGUAUUGGGUGAUCUGUCACUUGAAGGUUUUCUCUCGAAGUGGGCUCUAAUGACACUACUAGAUCCAGCAAAUAGCUUUUCCAACUUAAAAUAUGUUUGCUAUCCUGGUGAUUUUAGCUCUGCAUUUACUAUCACAAGGAAAAGAAGAGUGGAUCGUCAAAAACAGAAAACUCAAAGAAAUGUAAUCCAGUGUUAUGUUUUUGGGCCUAGAGGCGCUGGAAAGACUGCACUACUACAAUCAUUCCUUGGAAGGCAGCAUUCUGAUACUCCUACAGCUAGAAGUGAACGAUUUGCAGCAAAUGUUGUUGAGCUGUGUGAUGAUACUAGAAAGAAACUUGUUUUGCGGGAGAUUCCUGAAGUUGAUAUAAGUUCAUUAUUGUCUAAGAAGGAAUCCUUGGCACCUUGUGAUGUAGCAGCAUUUGUAUAUGAUAGUUCUGAUGAACUUUCAUGGCAAAAAGCAAAAGAGAUGCUUGUGCAAGUCGCUACACAUGGAGAAAACACUGGCUACAGUGUUCCUUGUCUUAUAGUUGCAUGUAAGGAUGAUCUUGCCCGAUCUCCACUGGCUCUACAGGAAUCAAUCAGGGUGAGCCAAGACAUGGGAAUGGAAACACCAAUUCCUAUCAGCGUUAAGCUGGAUGGCUUGAACUAUAUUUUCUGCAGAAUAGUUCAUGCGGCACAGAAGCCUCACCUGAGCAUUCCAGAGACUGAAGCUGGGAAAGCACGUAGGCGGUACAAUCGGCUUCUAAACCGUUCUCUUAUGGUUGUUUCAGUUGGAGUUGUUGCAGUUGUGGGGAUAGCUGCUUGCCGGAUCUAUGCAGCCAGGAAGAACACAUCCUCUUGAUAAAGCCAAGCCAGCUUCUGCCCUGCGAGGCUACGAACAGUCUAUGUGCAUAUGAUCGCUUGCUGUAAAUCAUUCUUCCCAUGACUUGCGAUGGUCAUCUCAAAUUGCUGCAAUGGAUACAGUGUUCUGACUUUGGUUGCUGUCAUCAAUGUCUGACCUUUAUUUGUUGUUUAUUGUGUCAAUAUAGUUCUCUUGGCCCCCA